AUGUUUUUUCUUUUCCUUUCACAGAAGGAUCCAGAUUACCUGAAGCUCUGGUUGGAUAGUUUUGUUUCUAGUUAUGAACAGUUUCUGGAUGUGGACUUUGAGAAGCUGCCGACUAGAGUGGAUGAUGUUCCUCCAGGAAUAUCCCUGCUUCCCGAUAACAUUCUUCAGGUCUUGAGGCUCCAGCUGCUGCAGUGUGUCCAGAAGAUGUCUGAUGGACUAGAAGAGCAGCAGCAAGCUCUGUCACUCCUGCUUGUCAAGUUCUUUAUCAUCCUUUGCAGAAAUUUGGCUAACGUGGAGGAGAUCGGGAUGUGUUCGUACAUUAACCAUGUGAUCACCAUGACCACGUUAUACAUUCAACAGUUAAAAAGCAAAACAAAAGAGAAAGAAAUGGCAGACCAGACCCCCAUAGAAGAAUUUGUGAGACAUGCAUUGGCUUUUUGUGAAAGUCUCUACGAUCCGUAUCGAAACUGGAGGCAGCGAAUUGCAGGACGUCUCCUUAGCACAGUUGAGAGGAGCAGACAGAAGUACAAGCCAGCUUCCCUCACAGUCGAGUUUGUCCCUUUCUUUUACCAAUGCUUUCAAGAAAGUGAGCAUCUCAAGGAAAGCCUAAAAUGUUGUUUGCUACAUCUCUUUGGAGCUAUUGUGGCUGGUGGUCAGAGGAAUGCUCUCCAAGCAGUAUCUCCUGCCACCAUGGAAGUCUUGAUGCGUGUUUUAGCAGACUGUGACAACUGGGAUGACAGAAACCCGGAGGAAGUGAGCAGGAAGGCAGAGCUGACUCUGAAGUGCCUGACUGAAGUUGUCCAUAUUCUUCUAACCAGCAGUUCUGACCAGCGGCAGGUGGAGACCAGUACAAUCUUGGAGAACUAUUUCAAGUUGCUAAAUUCGGACCAUUCCGCGUUGCCUAAUGCAAGGCGAUGUAGGCAGUGGGAGAAGAGGUUUAUAGCACUACAGGUCCAAAUGCUGAACACCAUCACAGCCAUGUUAGACUGCACAGAUAGGCCUGUUCUGCAGGCAAUUUUCCUUAACAGUAACUGCUUUGAGCAUCUCAUUCGACUGCUGCAGAACUGCAAGGUGUUUCAGGGGCACCUAGAUUGCUUGGCAGUCUCGACCAUUCAAGCCCUCACAGCAGUAAUGCACAAGUCUCCAGCUGCUAAGGAGGUGUUCAAGGAAAGAAUUGGUUAUGCACACAUAUACGAGGUACUGAAGUCGCUAGGUCAGCCCUCACGGGAGCUGCUGGAAGAACUCAUGAAUAUGGCUGUUGAAGGUGACCACAUGGCUGUUGGGAUGCUGGGCAUUAGCAAUGUGCAGCCCUUAUUACUGCUUAUCCAGUGGCUUCCAGAGCUUGAGUCCCAUGAUCUGCAGAUCUUCAUCUCAAGUUGGCUGAGGCGAAUCUGCUCCAUUAACAGGCAGAGUCGAGCCACAUGUGUCAACGCAAACAUGGUCAUACGUAUCAUUGAGACAUUGAAUUCCCACUCUGCCCUCCACAGCUCUUGUGCAGAGAAUCUGAUUGCCCUUCUGGGCUCUUUGGGGAGCCAGUCCAUGGGCUCAGAAGAACUGUUCCGCCUCAUUCGGCUCCUGAGGACGGAGGAACCCAGACAGGCUCACCCGUACGUCGUGCCCGUGAUGCGAGCUGUCCUUGCCAUGGCCCGAAAGCAAGGCAUGGCCAGUGCCCUGCAGUACUUCAACUUGUACCACAGUAUGGCAGGAAUUGCUGUUCCAUCUAUUCACAAGUGGCCAGGCUCUGCGUUUUCUUUCAACGCUUGGCUCUGCCUUGACCAGGACCAAGUGACCCCCAGCAUGACUAGCAAAAAUAGCAAGAGGAAGCAACUCUAUAGCUUUUUUACAGGAAGUGGUAUGGGUUUUGAAGCCUUCAUUACGUGCUCUGGUGUAUUGGUGGUUGCAGUUUGCACAAAGAGGGAAUAUGCAACAGUGAUGCUGCCUGACCAUUGCUUUUGUGACUCCCUCUGGCACAACAUAACUAUUGUUCACAUGCCUGGGAAGAGGCCCUUUGGUCAGAGCCUUGUUUACAUCUAUGUCAAUGGUCAGCAGAAGGUCUCUGCCCCACUUCGAUUUCCUGCUAUGAACGAACCUUUUACUUCCUGCUGUAUUGGUUCAGCUGGCCAAAGAACGACAACUCCUCCUCCAUCCCAGAUACCAGACCCACCUUUUUCCUCCCCUGUUAUGCCGCAUCGUACAUCGCUUGGAGGCAUCCUCUCUCCAGGAGGCUGGAGUGGGACGCUGGCAAAACCAGAACUUGUCACCAAGAUGAUCUCAGCAGGGACUCAGGAUAGUGAAUGGGGAUGUCCAACAUCUCUGGAGGGCCAGCUUGGAUCAGUUAUCAUCUUCCAUGAAGCACUGCAGCCCCAUCAGGUGAAAGCAUUGUAUUUGGCAGGUCCAAACUGUUUAACUCCAUGGAAAUCCCAGGAGUCUGAAGUAGCGGACCUCCCCAGUAAGGUGCUGCUUCAUUAUACACCAAAGGCCUGCAGAAAUCCUAUUUGCCUUGAUCUCUCUGCAAAUCUUUUACAUGGAAGACUAACUGGAAACAAAGUAGUAAACUGGGACAUCAAGGAUAUGAUCAACUGUAUUGGUGGAAUAAAUGUGCUCUUUCCGCUGCUGGAGCAGAUCAGCUCUCUUGGUGGACAAGUGCCUCAAAAGUCUGAAGGGGAAACACUACCCUCAGAACUAGUUACCCCCGUAGAGGGAGACUGGGUAGUAUUGUCGUCCACAAAGGCAUCAGAGGCUCGCUUGGAGAAGAAUAUCAUUGCAACUUUCAUCUUGAUGAUAAAACACUUUAUUCAAAGACACCAUGUUAAUCAAGAAAAUCUCAUCCACUCCCAUGGAGUUGCCACCUUAGGAGCCUUGUUACAGAAGGUGCCAAGAAACUUGAUGGAUGUGAACGUCCUGAUGGCUGUACAGUUGUUGAUAGAGCAAGUCUCAGUAGAAAAGAAUAUGCAACUUUUGCAACAGAUGUAUCACCACUUACUGUUUGACUUCAGCAUCUGGAACAGUGGAGACUUCCCUUACAGAAUUGGGCAUAUACAGUAUCUUUCCACAAUCAUCAAAGACAGCAGAAGGCUCUUCAGAAAGAAGUAUGGUGUGCAGUUUCUUCUUGACACGCUCAGGAUGUAUUAUGGGAGUGGCUAUAAAGACAGUGACUUGGCUCCUGAUGACUUGAGAACAAUAAGGACAUCCCUUUAUGGACUGAUCAAAUAUUUCCUGAGCAAAGGUGGAACACAUGAAGAAAUACAGAGCAUCAUAGCAUAUAUCGCUGCCACCAGUGAAGAGGAACAGCUCUUUGGAAUUCUGGAUGUUCUUUACAGCCUGCUUCAUUCCAGCCCAACCCCAGACCAGCUUUUUCUACUCCUUUUUGAACCAGGAAAUGCUGAUAUUCUUUAUGCUCUGUUAUUGCAUCAAAGAUAUUCUGACAAGUUGAGAGAACUUGUGUUCAAGAUUUUGGAAGAGAUGUUGAAAUGCACUAAAGUAUAUGAACGGAGUAAGCAACGCAUGAGACUCAGAGAAGUGGGAUACUCUGGACUGGGGCUUCUUCUGAAUGAAUCACCGGUUUCUGUUUCUUUCAUUAAAAAUCUUCUUAACCAGAUUCUAUGCACAGAUCCUGCUGUGAACUAUAAAGACCUUAUAGCUGUAGUACAUCUGGCUCAUAGAUCUGAUGUAAACGUCAGAGUGGCUAUCUGUAGAAAGGUUUUGCACCUUUUGCAUUCCCAACCGGAUGCAGCACAACAGAUUUCUCAGCAGCUGGGGUGGCAGGACACUUUGAUUAGACUAUUUUUGAAAGAAAACUCUGAUGUCCACUGGAGCUCGGAAGACAACAAGUCUAUGGAUGUUCCUGCUCAUUUCUCUGUUACACCGCUGGAAGACGCCUCUGCAGCAGACAUGUCUUUUAGGUCAGGGGAGCGAGAAGAGCUAUGGCACAGCAAUCCUUCCCACUUGAGUCUAGACCUGUCCAGUGUUGACUCUUAUGAACUGGCUGACAUGGGGAAUCAGAUGACAGAUAGCCUACCCAGCACUCCGUCACCUGUAGAGAACACAAAACCCUUCUCUGGGCAAUCUGACAAAGAGCUAGGCAUCAUAAAUGAUGUGGGUUUCACCACUGAUCUGUCUCUAUUUGAAAACCAAGGGGGGUGUGAUAAUGAACUCAUACAGUUACUUACAGACAUCCUGCUGUGUAUAAUGUGGAAAGGCCUUGAAAGGUCUGAUGAUUCUGCUUGGAUUGAGAGAGGACAGGUGUUUUCUGCACUGACCAAGCUGGGAAUAGCUAAUGAAUUGCUGCGACCUUCUGAUGAAAUAAAGCUCAACUUGCUGGAGAAGAUGUUAGAAUGGUCGGUCACUGAUAACAGAGAUUCCAAAGCUCUCCCUCUGCAUGCUGAAAAUGCCUUCCGGCUCUUGCUAAUUGUACAAGAUUUCCUUCGGGCAGAAGGACUAGUUAAUUCAAAUUUAUGGACAGAAAAGCUUUUGGAAGAACUAGUGACUCUUAUGGAUUGUCUGUCAAUCUGGUACUCUGCGGGCCCAGAAGCAAUCAGGCUUUCACAGGUGCAAGUCCAAUUGCUCCUUGGAUUCAUUGCACAAGAUAACUUACAGGUUUGUGCUAUGGCAGCAGCCAAACUAAACACCCUUCUUCAGACCAAGGUAAUUGAGAGCCAGCCUGAAGCAUGCUACCUCCUGGGGAAGCUGGAAGGCAUUCUGAGUAGAUCAAUUGAAGAGAAGACAGAAACAUAUUCAUUUUUGAUUCCUCUUGUUCGAACACUUGUAUCCAAAAUUUACGAACUUCUUUUCAUGAACCUGCACCUCCCUUCAUUGCCUCCUACUAAUGGCAGCCCCUCUUUCUUUGAGGACUUUCAAGAGUAUUGCAGGUCGGAUGAGUGGCAAGUUUAUAUAGACAAAUAUAUUAUUCCAAAUAUGAAGCAAUAUGAAGACAAUUCAUUCAGAGAUUGUCAUGAGCAUAUGGCACUUUAUUGGAAAGAUUGUUAUGAAGCAUUCAUGGUGAACAUGCACAGGCGGGACCGGGAGAGAGGAGAAAGCAAGCUCAAGUUUCAGGAGUCUUUUGUGGACCCAUUCAGCAGAAAGGCUCUCCAGGAAAGUCUACGGUACAACAACAUGCUAAAGCAACUUAAUAGUCAACAUACAGCUACUCUGAGGCAGUGGAGAGCAGCCCAGCUUUACUUGCACUCUGAACGUGGUCCUUGGUCUGAAAAGAAACAGCAUCCUGUUCACUGGAAACUUUCAAAUGUGGAAAAUUAUUCACGUAUGAGGCUAAAACUAGUGCAAAAUUACAACUUCAACUCCCAUCAGGAUGCUAGUGACCUGAGAGACAAUUUGGGUGUGCACCAGACACAGCCUUCUAGUGAGUCUCUGCUUCUGGAGGUGGUGAAGCAGGUGAAAGUGAGUGACUUGGAAGAUGAUGUUCUUGAACUCCCAGAAGAAGACACAGCAGUCAGUGUCCAUAUGGAUGAGAAGGAGGAACAAAGCCAGAAAGAAAAGCUAGUGUUGUCUGAAGACUGUGAACUCAUUACAGUAAUUGAUGUGAUACCUGGCAGGCUGGAGAUCACUACCCAGCACAUCUAUUUCUUUGAUGGCAGCAUUGAAAAAGAGGAAGGUCUAGGUUUUGAUUUCAAAUGGCAACUUUCACAAAUUCGAGAGAUACAUUUGCGUCGGUACAACCUGAGGAGGUCAGCCUUGGAGAUCUUCCUUACAGAUCAAACCAACUAUUUCCUCAACUUCAAUAAGGAGGUGAGAAACAAAGUUUACAGUCGAAUUUUGUCACUACGUUCUCCAAAUGUUUCUGGGACUAGAUCUCCACAGGAACUCUUCAAAGCUUCAGGUUUGAUGCAGAAAUGGGUGAAUAGAGAAAUAUCCAACUUCGACUACCUUAUUCAGCUGAACACAAUGGCAGGACGAACUUACAAUGACCUGGCUCAAUAUCCUGUGUUCCCCUGGAUUUUACGGGAUUAUACUUCAGAAGAACUGGACCUGAACAAUCCUGCUGUCUUUAGAGAUCUGUCCAAACCUAUUGGGGUAGUAAAUGAAAAGAAUGCUAAGGCUGUGAAAGAGAAGUAUGAGAACUUUGAGGAUCCCCUUGGGAUAAUUGACAAGUUUCAUUAUGGAACACAUUACUCAAAUGCUGCUGGUGUCAUGCAUUACCUCAUUCGGGUAGAGCCUUUCACAACCCUUCAUAUCCAGCUUCAGAGUGGCAGGUUUGACUGUGCAGAUCGCCAAUUCCAUUCCAUUCCUGCCACCUGGCAGGCGCUCAUGGACAACCCCAAUGAUGUCAAGGAGCUUAUCCCAGAGUUCUUCUACUUCCCAGAGUUCCUGGAGAAUCAAAACGGUUUUAACCUGGGUCAGCUUCAGAUAUCCAAGGAGUUAGUAAAUGAUGUUGUUCUCCCAAAAUGGGCCCACUCCCCAGAAGACUUCAUUUGUAAACACAGGAAGGCUCUGGAAUCAGAGUAUGUUUCAGCUCAUCUGCAUGAAUGGAUUGACUUGAUUUUUGGCUACAAGCAGAGGGGUCCAGCUGCAGUGGAGGCACUCAAUGUCUUCUAUUAUUGUACUUAUGAAGGAGCUGUGGAUUUGGAUGCUUUAACGGAUGAGAAAGAAAGGAAAGCUUUAGAAGGGAUGAUAAAUAAUUUUGGACAAACUCCCUGUCAGCUGCUAAAGGAGCCACAUCCUCAAAGACUGUCUGCAGAAGAGGUAGUGCAAAGACUGACCAGAAGUGAUACCUCUACUCUGAAUCUCUUCCAUCACCUCACUGAACUCAAGUCCUUCUUUAUAGAGGGCAUCAGUGAUGGUGUUCCCAUUGUCAAAGCAGUCGUCCCGAGGAAUCAGUCACGUUCUUUUAUGUCUCAGGGAAGCCCAGAGAUCCUGGUAACAGCAAGUCUGAAUUGCCUUAUUGGAACCCAUGGUUGGCUACCUUAUGACAAAAAUAUUUCCAACUAUUUUACAUUCAUCAGAGAUACCACAGUGACAAAUCCAAAAACCCAGCGCAACAUAGGUGGUCCUUUUGCACCAGGACUGGAGAUCACUUCCAAGUUGUUUGCAGUAUCCCACGAUGCAAAAUUGCUAUUUAGUGGAGGACACUGGGAUAAUAGCAUCAGAGUAACAUCUCUUACAAAAGGCAAGCUGGUUGGGCAGCACAUCAGACACAUGGAUAUCGUGACCUGCUUGGCAAUAGAUUACUGUGGAAUCCAUCUAAUUUCAGGCUCCAGAGACACUACCUGCAUGAUAUGGCAAAUAGUUCAGCAGGGAGGAGUGCCCGUAGGCCUGGCACCUAAGCCCUUGCAGAUCCUUUAUGGGCACACUGACGAAGUUUCCAGUGUUGGCAUCAGCACUGAGUUGGACAUGGCAGUGUCAGGAUCCAAGGAUGGGACUGUGAUUAUCCGCACUGUUCGGAAAGGUCAGUACAUGAGGACUUUGCGGCCCCCGUGUGAGAGCUCUCUGCUGCUGAAUGUUCCCAACCUGGCUGUGUCGUGGGAAGGUCAUAUAGUUGUCCACACCAGCAUAGAAGGAAAGACCACUCUUAAGGAUAAGAAUGCCUUACAUCUCUACUCUGUCAAUGGGAAGUAUCUGUGUUCUGAGACUCUGAAGGAGGAAAUAUCUGAUAUGUGUGUGACUGGUGAGCAUAUUGUGAUGGGCAGCUUGCAGGGAUUCCUUUCCAUACGUGAUCUCUACAGCCUGAAUCUCAUCAUUUCCCCCUUAGCCAUGCGGCUACCGAUUCAUUGCAUUUCUGUCACCAAAGAGUACAGCCACAUCCUUGUUGGCUUGGAGGAUGGCAAGUUGAUUAUCGUUGGUGUUGGCAAACCAGCAGAGAUGCGCUCAGGUCAGCUUUCCCGAAAGCUGUGGGGAUCAAGCAAACGGCUCAGCCAGAUCUCAUCAGGAGAGACUGAAUAUAACACUCAAGAUCCCAAGUGAACUGCUGCUUCCACCUUCUCUCAUGGAUUCCAGAAAAAUGCUUAAUCUUUUUGUCACUUUAAGCAUAUCUCCAACUUUCAGGGGUUUGAUUCUUAACGAUCUGUUGAAGAUGAAGCUAUGGUAGAGGUACAGUAAUUUCCAUACAUACCCAUGCAAGUUAACUUGCUUGCAUACUUAGCCUUGUUGAGUUGGGCACAGCAGAAUCCUCUCUAAAUAGCUGCUAAAACAGUGUUUCAGGGAAACAA